AGAAACGUUGACCUAGUGUAAUAUUUUCCCGCCAUCGUUAGUACCAGAACUCUCUCAGCCGCAGCCGCAUCUCCGUCGCCGUCAUGGCGGAUAAGAAGAAGCGAAAGCGAACUAAAGAGGACAAAGAUGAGGAUCUUCCUUUCAAAAGCAUCCUUGAAUCAGACGAAGCUAUCCUGAAACUUCUCAAAUCCUACAUCUCCUCUUCUCUAACCGCCGCCGCCGCAGGAAGUAGCGGCGCCUCCUCCUCGUCUUCAUCGAAACCGCUAACUCUAGCUGACCUCUCCCUCUCAUCUUCCUGCCGUGAAGUUGCUGAUCUCUCCCUCUCCUCCGUCCAGACGGAAAUAGAGACGGUCAUCGUUCAGAUCGCCCGUUCAAUCCUCGCAGGCGAUGGCUUCUCCUUCAGCGUUCCCUCGCGCGCCGCAUCUAACCAGCUCUAUGUCCCUGAGCUAGACCGCAUAGUGCUUAAAGACAAAUCUACCCUCCGUCCCUUUGCAUCAGUUUCUUCUGUCAGGAAGACAACUAUCACCACGCGGAUACUCGCCCUUAUCCACCAACUCUGCCUCAGGAACAUCCACGUCACCAAGCGUGAUCUCUUCUACACUGACGUUAAGCUUUUCCAGGACCAGACACAGAGUGAUGCUGUGUUGGACGACGUGUCGUGUAUGCUCGGCUGCACAAGGUCAAGCCUCAAUGUAAUUGCAGCGGAGAAAGGUGUGGUGGUGGGAAGGCUCAUAUUCAGUGACAACGGAGACAUGAUAGACUGCACAAAGAUGGGGAUGGGUGGGAAAGCCAUUCCACCGAACAUCGAUCGAGUUGGAGACAUGCAGAGUGAUGCUAUGUUCAUACUCUUAGUUGAGAAAGAUGCAGCUUACAUAAGGCUAGCUGAAGACAGAUUCUACAACCGGUUCCCCUGCAUCAUCGUCACUGCAAAAGGCCAGCCCGAUGUAGCCACGAGGCUGUUCUUGAGGAAGAUGAAAAUGGAGCUUAAGCUUCCGGUGCUUGCCUUGGUGGAUAGUGAUCCUUACGGGUUGAAGAUCUUGUCGGUUUAUGGAUGCGGGUCGAAGAACAUGUCUUACGAUAGCGCAAACUUGACUACACCUGAUAUUAAGUGGCUUGGGAUCAGGCCAAGUGAUUUGGAUAAGUACAAGAUUCCUGAGCAGUGUAGGUUGCCGAUGACUGAGCAGGAUAUUAAGACCGGGAAGGAUAUGCUGGAGGAGGAUUUCGUGAAGAAGAAUCCUGGGUGGGUCGAAGAACUUAACCUGAUGGUGAAGACAAAGCAGAAGGCUGAGAUUCAGGCGUUGAGUUCUUUUGGUUUCCAGUAUUUAUCAGAAGUUUACUUGCCCCUGAAACUGCAGCAGCAGGAUUGGCUCUGAUCUUCAGGUUGCUGUUCUUAUUGAGUUACUGUUCAAUUAGAGACCAACAAGUUUACUGAUAUGUGUUAUCGCAGAGAUCGAUAUUUGGGUUUUAAAUUGUGUUGUAUCGGUUUACACAGAACUGGGAAGAUAUUUGUAAGCUGUUUUUUCUGAAUGUACACAGAUAUUUGCAUCAAGAUAUUCUGCAAUC